AUGGCGCACAAAGAUCUAGAGGCCAACCGCGAAUGCGAUGUACCCGUUAAUAUGGCAACAGUCAAUGAAGGCGGAAUCACGCCUGGUACCCAGGCCUCUUCGAACCGAAUUACUCUUUCGAAAUGGUAUAGGUUGUUCCUUCGAGGAUACGUGGAGGAGAACGGUAUUCGUCCAGUACCUCCAGAGGAAAGAACGGAGACGCAACAUAGCAACCUCUUUACAGUCUUCUUUACCGGCCUACUGUGCAUUCUACCUAUUCCCACUGGGGCACUCGGCACGGUUCUGUUCGGCCUGGGUCUGCGAGAUAUUUCGUUAAUCAUCAUCGUCUUCAACAUCGUGACUUGCCUACCGCCGGCCUUCAUCAGUCUAGGGGGAUACAAGACGGGAAUGCGGCAGAUGGUGCAAGCCCGAUAUUCCUUUGGUUGUCGGGUCAAUCGCUAUAGAGCGCUACACCUGUGGCAAAAGUGGCAGUGGCUACCGAGCCUGAUCGCGAUAGUUAUUGCGGUUGGCUGUGGUGGGAAAUACCUGGUGAACCAGGCCGACCAUGAACCAGCAACGGUCAAGAAUGUUGUUGGAUAUGGAAGUCUGAUGGCAGGAUAUUUUAUGACCUUUGGAGGGACCGUCUCUGAUUUCACUGUGUACCACACCCCUGAAGAGUCCAAGCGCAAAGUAUUCGCCUACGUGUAUCUGGGCUUCUUAAUCCCUUCAACCCCUCUGCUCAUCCUUGGGGCUGCUAUUGGAGGUGCCAUCCCGAACGUUGACUCAUGGCAAACAGCCUGGAUUGACUAUGGACUCGGUGGUGUCAUGGCCGAAAUGCUUAAGCCAGCCGGUGGGUUCGGUAAAUUCGUUCUUGUCGUAAUGGGCUUGAGUAUCGUGGGAAACAUGCUGCUAUCGUACUAUUCAGUUGCGUUAUGUUUACAGAUGCUCAUUCCUGCCUUCGCCAAGGUGCCACGAUUCGUCUUCGUCAUCGUCACAUUGGCCAUCAUGGUCCCAAUGUCAAUUUAUGCGGCAGCACAAUGGCAGACAUCCUUGGUGAACUUCCUGUCCAUGAUUGGCUACUGGGCUGGGUGCUUUGACGCUGUGGUCAUCGAAGAGCUCGUAGUAUUUCGAAACAGAGACUACGGCUUGCUUGACCCCAAAAUAUGGGAUCAAGGGCGGAAACUUCCGACUGGUCUGGCAGCUAUUGGCGCAUCGAUAAUCAGUCUUGGGUUGGUUGUUCCUUCGAUGAAUACCCCGUGGUUCACUGGGCCUAUAGGGGCAAAAAUUGGCGAUAUCGGCUUCGAAUCGGCUUUCUUCGUCACCGGGAUUGCCUAUUAUCCUCUCCGAACUUUGGAAAUCAAGUUGACGGGUCGUGUUUAA